AUGGAUGGACUACCUCUUUUUAACCCCACUCCCUCCUCAGCCGUCUUGCUGUUGCUGCCGCCGGUUCCUCCCUGUCAACAACCCGUCUGCCCUCUCUUUCCACCCCACCUCAGCCACGGCGGCAUCAACAGCAAGACGGGGGGGCGUGGUGGCAGCUAUAUCCAAGGACAGGAGGGGGUGGGGCUGGUGCGCCCACGGCAGCAGCAGCAGCAGCAGCAUGGAGGAGGGGAGUGGUGUGGUAGCAGCUAUAUCAAAGGACAGACGGGGGGCGCUGCCACGGCGGCAGCAGCAGCAAAAAGGCGGGGAGUGGUAGCAGCUAUAUCCAAGGACAGGCGGGGGGCGCUGGUGCGCGCUAAGCGGAUGCGGCGGGGGGAGGGGAUUGCCUUGGGGGAAGGGUUAGGGGAAUUGGAGGGGGGGAUGGAGGUGGAGGGGAGGGAGGGAGAGGGCGAGGAGGAGGAGGAGAGGAGGCGGGUGGAGGAGGAGGGGCGAGUGGAGGAGGCGGUAAAAAGGCUUAAGGGGACGUUUGAAGGGUGA